AUGGGAUACUACACCAAUGAUCCUUUCCAGAGAAUCAAUGUUGGAGGCAAGAAUUUCAAGGACCAUGAUGCUCCGUGUGCUGUUUGUUACACCCAGAACCGCACCAGUCAUGUUAUGAUUCCAGCCUGGAAGACAUGUCCUGCCGAGUGGACACUGGAAUAUCAUGGCUACUUGGUUGCCCAAUACUAUUCGCAAUAUAGAACUGAAUUUGUCUGUCUUGAUGAGGCUCCAGAAGCAGUCAGAGGAGGAGAAAUCAACAGAAAUGGUGCCCUUUUCUAUGUAGUUCAAGCCAAAUGUGGUCAAGCUCUCCCAUGUCCGAAUUAUGUUGAAGGGAGAGAGCUCACCUGCGUUGUGUGCUCCAAGUAG